AGGGGAAACAGCUGGACAUCAGAAGGAAUGAGAAGUCUGAUUGGUCGCAGGCCUGGCCAACUCCUUGCCCUCCCCCGGGCACCACUGUCUAACCCAAGCCCCAGUUCAGACAGCCUCCACCAGAGUCCCCACCUUUCUGGAAGCUGCAGGGCUCUCCAUCCAGGAUCCAGAAGCAUUGAAGGGGACCAGCCGCUGAAGGGAUUCUCAGUCCCAUCUGACUCCCCAUGAGGCUCCUGGCUUUCCUGAGUCUGCUGGCCUUGGUGCUGCAGGAGACAGGGACAGCUUCUCUCCCAAGGAAGGAGAGGAAGAGGAGAGAGGAGCAGAUGCCCAGGGAAGGCGAUUCCUUUGAAGUUCUGCCUCUGCGGAAUGAUGUCCUGAACCCAGACAACUAUGGUGAAGUCAUUGACCUGAGCAACUAUGAGGAGCUCACAGAUUAUGGGGACCAACUCCCCGAGGUUAAGAUGACUAGCCUCGCUCCUGCAACCAGCAUCAGUCCCACCAAGAGCACUACGGCUCCAGGGACACCCUCAUCAAACCCCACGAUGACCAGACCUACUACAGCAGGGCUGCUACUGAGUUCCCAGCCCAACCAUGGUCUGCCCACCUGCCUGGUCUGCGUGUGCCUCGGUUCCUCUGUGUAUUGCGAUGACAUUGACCUAGAGGACAUUCCUCCUCUUCCUCGGAGGACUGCCUACCUGUAUGCACGCUUCAACCGCAUCAGCCGUAUCAGGGCCGAAGACUUCAAAGGGCUGACAAAGUUGAAGAGGAUUGACCUCUCCAACAACCUCAUUUCCUCCAUCGAUAAUGAUGCCUUCCGCCUGCUACAUGCCCUCCAGGACCUCCUCCUCCCAGAGAACCAGUUGGAAGCUCUGCCCGUGCUGCCCAGUGGCAUUGAGUUCCUGGAUGUCCGCCUAAAUCGGCUCCAGAGCUCGGGGAUACAGCCUGCGGCCUUCAGGGCAAUGGAGAAGCUUCAGUUCCUUUACCUGUCAGACAACCUGCUGGAUUCUAUCCCGGGGCCUUUGCCCCUGAGCCUGCGCUCUGUACACCUGCAGAAUAACCUGAUAGAGACCAUGCAGAGAGACGUCUUCUGUGACCCCGAGGAGCACAAACACACCCGCAGGCAGCUGGAAGACAUCCGCCUGGAUGGCAACCCCAUCAACCUCAGCCUCUUCCCCAGUGCCUACUUCUGCCUGCCUCGGCUCCCCAUCGGCCGCUUCACCUAGCUCGGAGCCCUUCCACUCCUCCCAGGUCAUCUCUUGGACCAGCGGGCAUCACAUUCUCCAGCAGGCGCCAUCUCACACGCCUCCCUCCUGUGGCCGCCGGCAGCAUGGACAAAGGUCUCCAUGCAGGGGGAGGAGGCCUGCUUCUUUCCCCACAGCUCUCACGUCUCCCUUCUCCCUGCGGGUGACAAAGAAGCCCAAGGACCACCUCCUUCCUGCCUCAUUGUAAUAAAAUUCCCCACACUGAG